CCCUGCGGCGUACCUCUUGCGUGCGGGAGGUUGUGCAAAUGGGUAUGGCCGACGGGGAUGACCUACGGGAUGGAGACCGGGUUCGCCGCUGCGCCGAGGGCCCUCAUGCUCGGCUUGAGCAUUCGCAUCGGCGCGACGCAACCCUUCGAGCGAUACUGCCAGAUGUGCCUACUCACGCAGUACCGCACUUCAUCAUCCACGUAUACGCAGUCCUGCGAUGCAAGCGUGUAACCGUCUCCUUCAUUGUCGAUGUAUGCGCGAUGUGGCUCCCCGCGAUUCCCCCUCCCUCUUUGUCCUCCCCCGCCUCCUCUCGCACCAUGCACUCUGCUUUCGAUCACGUAGCUCUGCCUUUGGACGAGUUCGCCGACUUCGCUGCGUUCAUGGCUUCGAUGACAAUGGAUACCCCGACUCUACGUUCACGGGUGAUGACCAGUACUAUAUGCCAGACUCUCUCAAUGAGCCGAUGCUUCAUAUGCGCGAAGCACUAUUCUUCCGCGAUGUGGUAGAAUCUGUGGUCACGGUGCCCUCAUUUGAGGAGGCCGUAGGUACCGACGACUCCAGCAGCUCAGCUGGAGCCCCACCCGACCUCAUCGCUCCCCGUCCCCGCCGCAUCGCCCUCCCUCCCUUCCUCCUCCGGUCGGUCUUCCACCUUCACUCCGCCCCCGCCGAGCCGCAAGCCCGCACUGUCGACCCGCGCCCGCGCCCUCCCCGAGCCUCCGCUGACCUCCCCGCCCCCGCCGAGCUGCAGGCCCGCCCGCACUGUCGACUUCGUCGAGAUCUUCGAUGUUGAUGCUUUCUAUGGGACCUCGGAGUCGUUCUCAUCUUGCAUUUUUGGCCUCCGCUGUAUCAUCUACAGGUACGCGCAAGCGGCGCUUACAGCCAUUCGAGAGCGGUGUGUAACAUUUAGCGAUGCGGGGCGGU